AUGUUGGUACAGAUAUUUUUCAGCAUUGCACUAUUCGUUCAGGCUGUAUUACAUUUUGUAUUGAUAUUUUAUUGGUGUUAUCCUAUUUCAAAUAUUGAAAGACGACUACGUUUUCUUGAAUUUGCGGCUGUCUGCCAUGGAAUUACGCUUAUCACAUUCGGAGUUAAGCAUAAGGAUCCUGAUUGGAUGCCCUAUCCGACAUUAAACUGGGCUUCGUGGUCGUAUGGUCUGGCAAUUCUCGCAACAUUUUGUUCGCUGUUUGUAAUGCUUGCCUUCGCUUUCACCUGGAGGGAAUCGAAACGAACACUUGAAACUGCGGGUUAUGAAUUUCCAAUGUCAGCUGUGAUGAAGAAGAAAGAAAAACAGGCGAUUUUGGAGCAACAAGAGAAACAAGUCACUGCUGCCGAACUCGAACCCAUAACCCGUCCUCUGGAGCCUCCGAGGGAAGAAACUACUGUCGGACUGACUGCCUUUAAUUCGGAAAAUGAGAAUGCAUACAAUAGAAAGUUGCGAGGUCUUCGCGGAGAAUUGUCAAAUCCGAAUGCUUAUUGA